AUGGUUGGUGGUAUCGUGGCGUUGUCCGAUCCAAAGAACAUCGAUCCUGCUCUCGCACGGAUAGGAAUACAAAAUUGGGCCGACCAUGGGAUCUGCGGACGAGGGGUUCUCAUUGACCUUGUGCGCUACUAUACUUCAAGCCCUCCUGGUACGCCGAAACGACAGCUGCCGUACGAUCCUUGGACUACACACGGAUUCACCGUCAAGGAAAUCGAAGCUGUCGCUGCAAAACAAGGCGUUCAAUUCAGACAAGGCGACAUAUUGCUAAUCAGGGCCGGUUUCAUUCAGAAGUAUCAAGAUAGUACUCAAGAAGAGCGAGAUGCAUUAACCGGAAGACCGGAAACCUUGGCCGGAAUAGAAAAGUCGACGGAGAUGAAGAAAUUUUUGUGGAACAAUCAUUUUGCGGCCAUUGCUUCAGACCAACCUGCCCUCGAGAGUUGGCCGACAUCUGAGGGAACACCGCAUAUGCAUCAGACACUGCUCGGGUUGUGGGGAAUGCCAAUAGGUGAGAUGUUCGACCUAGAGAAGUUAUCGGAAGUAUGCGCCCAGACGGGCCGAUACACAUUCUUCUUCUCCUCCUGGCCACUGCCCAUCAUUGGUGGUUGUGCUAGUCCUCCUAAUGCAGCGGCAUAUUUCUAA